AUGUCUGCAUGGGUCAAUUUUCUCUCCUAUUUUGAUUUCCUGGCAGCUACGAGCAUUGGAUCGGCUCUUUUUCUAGCUCCGGAUAAAGUUGGAGAUUUUGUCUUUGUAAGUUUUGCCUUCCCAAACGCAACAUAACCUUGCAUUAAUUUACGUAUUUCAGCAAAGAGAGACGGAUGGAGUUCAUUGGCACUUGAUCAGAUGUGUGGGAGGCCAGAUUCUCUCCUCGGCUUCGUUUCUUCGGUAUCGCCAGCGGACCAGAGAAACGAGGACUUCCUGUUAUUUGGUUCGGAUCCUUGCCUGGGCCCUGACUUUACUUAUGGUCUUUCACGCCCGCUCGGUCCAUCCCAAGCUUCUUCAGCCAGAGGUAGGUCCUUGCCAAGUCUUUGUGAAUGUAUUUAGUUCGUUAAAAUCAUCAUUUACUUUGGAUUUGCGUGCAUCGGAUUGUGUGUCGUGACAUUGGUGGCCACUGGAUGGCCGAUUGGAGAUAAAGUCUACAAAGAAAAGUGGUUUGGCAACUUCUUGUAUCAGCUGGAUGCCUUGGCCUCGGUGUCGAUUGGAAUUGCCUGGAUCGCUUGUCCCCAUUGGCUGUUGCAUCGUCAGGUAUUAGAUUAAAUUACUUCCUUAUAUUGCAUAUCGUCUAGUCGGGGCUUAAUGAGUGUCGUAUUUCAGGUAAACAUCACCAUGGACGAGUCCCACGAGAUCUGUGGCCGUUUUAUGGGGGUCUUCUUUGUGUCGUCCUACAUUCUCAGUACUCACGCGUUGCAUUGGAGGGAUCUCAGCGAUCGUGCAUUGGCUGCCGAAGCCCGUGCCGUCUGUUGUUUCUUCAUCUUAAGUGCUCAGAUUUGGUCUCAGUACGCCUACGAGAGGGAUUGGAGUGGAUCUCAUUGGGUCGGAAUCUCACUGUUCUCCAUCUGGACUGUUGUUUCGUUCUCUUAUCGUAUCUAUUUGUAUUGGACGCUGCCUCAGAAUCAGAAGUCGAAGAAACAGUAA